AACGCAUGUCCACUGCAUGAAUUAAUGCUAUGGGUUUUAAUAUAUGUUUAAAUUUUAUUUAUUUUGAAUAAAUCAAUGAAGUAAUUUAUGUAGUUUUUUCUGUAUUUUUUAAACAAAAUUCAAUUUUAUUCAUAUUAUGUCUAAGAAUAUAAUUAUUUUUUUGUAGAAUAAUAAUAACAAAAAAGUAUGGAAGGAUUUGAAACCCUUUUAAAAACUGCUAUUGAAAACAAACAAUUCUUAGAAAGUAAAUCAUUAUCAAAUAUUGCUGAUUACUUUGGUAAUAAUAAAAAAUCGUUAAAGUUAAAUAGUUUUUUGUAUGAAUAUCUUAAGAUAUUCCCUCAACAUAUUAUACAUCUUCCAUCUAACUUGUUUGACCAUAUUCCAACUAUGAAACAUGAGCCUUUACAUCCAUUGUAUUCAUUUGUUGCAUCAAAACAUACUCUAUUAAAUGAAAAAGUGGUCUGCAACUUAAACUUACAUUCUUUACCUACUGAAAAAUGGGCCUAUCUUAUGGCAGCAUUUUAUAAAAGGCUUGAUAUGAUUAUGUUUAAUCCAGAGUUUGUUGAAAAAUCUAAAUCUAAAAUAGAUUUUUAUAAUAUGUUGAUUGACUGUCCUAAUUGGUUUAUUGAUAAUGAAGAUUUUUUUAUGGCACUGCACUUCAUUGAAUUUGACGAAGAUGAAUGUUAUGAGUUAUUUGAUAAGCUAUCUAAAAAUUGGUCAGAAUUUAAAAUAAAUCAGGCAUCAGUAUCUUUUGUAGAUUUAGUAGCUACAAAAUGUGACAAGGAAAUUGAAUUUAUUCAAUUUUUGAUGUCUGCUCUAUUUUCAUUACCUCUAGAUAGUUAUGAUAUGCCUUGGAUGUCCAAUAAAAUUAUAAGUAUUUUGAAAAUAUUUGAUCCUAAAAGUUUUGUACAAUUAAAUGAUUGGGAUGCAAUAAUAAAAAAAGCUUUAAAAUUUGGAUUAGCUGAUGAAAAUCCCAAAUAUGAACUUAUAAAGGUUUUGAGAAAGUUAAUUAAGAAUACUUCAGUUGAAAAAUCAAUACUUCUAAAUACAUUUAAUUUACUAACUGGGCAUUCACAAUUUAGUAAUAUUAUGAUAAAUCGUAAUGCCAAUCAAGCACAAAAGGAAGAAGUUCUCAAAUUAUUAGAAGUAUUAGUUAAAAAAGAUCCAACUCUAAUGACCCUUAGUCAUGUGCCAUUUUUUCUCUGUUCUUACAAUGCUUCUAUGUCUGUCAAUGACCAGUUGUUAUUGAGAUUACUAUCGUUAUAUGAAGAAAACUCUAUUCCAAUAUCAAAUUAUAGACCUUAUUUAUGGGGCUCUUAUGCUGUAGCACAUUACCAAGUUAAAAGUCAUUUAGAAUCUAGAACUUUACAUGAUUUUCCAUCAACUAGUGAAGUUAUUUCAUAUGUACCACUAAAAAGGUUGAAAGAAACUUUAUCAUAUUUUCCAGUUGAAAGGCUUUUGCAUAUUAGAAAACAGAAAAUAAUUUAUUAUGAUAAAUCAAAAGAUCCUAGUAAUAUGUUAGACCCUGCAUUCUUUUUACCUAUGAUAAGUAGCUUAUUAUCUACCGAAGCACCAUUAAGUAUAGAAAAGUUUACACGUAGUGGAUGCUUAUCUAUGAUUUUAGCUUGUUUAGGCAGUGGUGAUAGUGAUAUUAGAAUAGCUGCCUAUCAUGUCUUAACAAUUUUACGAUCUCAUUUAUUUUGUAGAAGAGCUGAAAAUAUGUUAUGGGACCAUUUUAUAUCAUGGGUUGCAUUUGGAAUACAAGAUUUAAAAUUACAACCUCCUCCACAAUUACCAAUGAUUCAAGCAUUAUUUUUAGGUAGAAUGGUAUUGGCCAUUGCUAACCAUGAAAAAGGUAUUGAUGUAACUUGUUGCAAAAUAUUAUUAGCUCGACCAUCUGCUCGCCUUUGUAAUAUUCCAGAAAUGAAGGCAUUUAUGACUACUGUUAACAUAGAUAUUGAUAAAACUAGACAUAUUCGUUGGUUAUUUGAAGUCAUAAGAGAUGGAAUUCGAUCUAAUUUGGAUUGGCAAACAAUGAAAAAUAUGGAAUUACUUAAUGUAUUUUUAAUAAUACUUAGUUGCAGUAAUGAAAAAAAUAGGAUGUUGGUUAUGAAAAUCAUGGAAAGAGCAUUUCGUGUUCAACCAGCAACUAAUGGAGGUUCUGGUCCUUGGGCCUUAAGUUUGAUGACGGCCUUAAGUAAAAUACCUACUAAACUAUCAAAUGAAGAAGUAAUUCAAGUAUUUUGUUGUCUUAAUGCAUUGAGUGCUAAUUCUAGUAUCAUCCCAGCUACAAUUGAUUUCUGGCUGUAUAUGUUUUUAUUAUAUGGAAAUGAUUCAGAAAUUGCUGUUAAAGGCUUUGCUUCAUUAGCUAAUCUUUCAUUAAAAUACUCUGACACCUUCUGUUAUUUAAAUAAAGAAAAUUUAUUAACUAUAUUAAGCUGUGGUAAAAAUUCAAAAGUGUUAUCAGAUGAUGAAUUAUUCAAGUGUAAUUGUAUUAUUGAGCAUGGAGUCAAUAGUGUUGAAGUUGAAAAUUUUAGCACUUAUCUAUUUUUACCAGCCUUAAUAAAAGGAUUGAAAAAUCAAUACCAUAUGCCUUAAUUUUUACUAUUAAAUUAACAAUUUGUCACAUAAAUUUCAAGUUCUAAAUGUUAUUUAUUUGUUUUUUCAAAUUUUCUUAACAUUGUAUGAAAUAAUAUAAUAAAAUACUACCAAGUUAAA